AAUAAUAUUAUUAGUAACCAUUGAUAACGUUGUUUAUGAACUCAAUAGUAAUAUACUAUGAAUUGAUUGUUAAUUUAAUUCAUGUUUUGUUUGUUUGUUUACAACACAUACUGACCGGUGAUGUCUAACCUGACGUAUAAAUCUGUGAUUACCUUAGGAUUGGUAUCACUUCUUCACUGCGCCUUUUCUGCGACACAACACAGAAGUUAUGUACGAUUAGUGGAACAGGAGUUCACAGGUUUGCCACAAGACAUUGUCGUCCAGUGUUUGGUCAGUCUAUUGGUGACCAUUGCGGCCAUCAUUGCACUGAAUGCCAGUCGACUUCAAGAGAUUCAUGCGUUAAGUGAUCUCAAAGACAAGACAAUUGAUAUAAUGAACAACAGACCAAACUUUUAUAUGUUUAACCACAGAGGAAGACUUCUUUGCAAAUAAUAAGAGAAAGACAUUACUCGUUGUCUAUGCAAUACAUUGCCAUCAAUUGGGAC